AUGGAGAAAGAGAUUUACAGAGACCGCCAGAGAAACCACGAAUGCUAUCUUGGUGACUAUGCAAUCGAUGGUUGCAGUGAGUUCAUUCCCAGGAACACCCUGGAAAGCCACUGUAAAGCCUGUGGCUGCCAUAGAAACUACCAUCGGAAAGUCCUUUUAAUAGACUUGGAAGUACAAUCUCCUGAAAAGGGCCAUGGUAUUGGUAAGUCCUUUUGGAGCCUAAGAGAGGCAAAGAGGAUCGCUAGGCAGCAUCAUGUUCUUCCGGUCUCGAUUUCACAGGAAGUGCAGCAGAAUUCCGAUCACUACAGCUUCAAGCAGAGGAAAUCGAAGUUCAGCAGGGGACAGAGAGAAGCUAUGAGAACAUUUGCGGAUAGCCUAGGCUGGACCAUGAGGAACAAAGGUCGUCAAGCGGAGAUAAACAGGUUUUGUGAAAGAAUUGGUGUUAGCAGGCUUCUUUUCAAGAACUGGCUAAACAAUAACAAGAAGUUUUACUUCAAUGGGACUGUGUCUACAUCCAGAGUUACCAGUUCCUCUACUAAGGCUGUUUAGAGUUCUGUGAUUUUCCCCUGCUUUUAGAAUAAGAAUGUUGUCUCGAGGCAUGUAAUUAUUUUAUCAUGUUUUAUCUCUUCUUCUAUCCUAGCCUGGUGCAACAAUUAAUUACCCCUUCCGGUGAAAUAAUAUCCUUCUCCUUUUCCUUUGAAGUCAGGCAAAUCGAAAUAAAAAAGCCAUAUAUAUACUAGGAAUGCUCAAUACUGUGUAUUUAUGUAUGUAUGUCUGUGUGAUAUUGGCAAGUUCAAUGAGAAUGACUAAUGGAAUAGCUGACAGGUUUAUUACUUCGAAGGCUUCAUCAAGAAAAGUCGCAUUUGGAACAUGUAGAAUGGAGUCCGCACACCAGCUCAGGGCCUCAGGCCCUCCCUACUACAACCCUCCCUCCCAGGUACAGAUAAGUGUCUUAAAAGGGUGUUUGUGUAUAUGGGCCC